AUGACAUCGGUGAUACCUCGAUCGUCUCACGCAUCAAUCGUCACAGGAUCCACUUUGGAUCCGUUUAAUCAAGAAAACUAUCAUCGAUACUCAGGCAGUAUAGGAGCACCUUAUGACCGCAGUCGAACCCAUUCUAGAGUGGUCUCACAAUCAAACCCAUUUGAAGUCAUUUAUUCUAACCAGGAUUUAACAUUUGACUCAACAGCUCACCCAAACUUGACGGUACCGAGACAAACACGCUCAACUCGACAAUUGCACCAACAUUCACCAUGGCAUAGUCAGUCGAACUAUGACCUCAUAGCAGAAAACAUUGAGACAGGAAGAAGCUUCAUUAGCGAAAUUGUGAACAGUAGCAACGAUAGUCUGGGCAAUCCUGUGGUGACAGUUGUGGGGUCGCCUUCAUUGAAUAGAUCUGGUUCCCGAAUUUCGCGGCUGGCUACAUUGAGAAACAGAAAUAGAAUCAAACAGAGAAACAAGACAGUAAAGAGGAAGGAUCUUCUUAAGGACGAGCUAGAAUCUAAACCUAGCGAUGAGAAACAGAAACCCAAAACGGAGAAAACUUCAUGGUUUAGCUGGCCUAAAUUCACCUUCCCUGUUUUACGAAAGCGAUCGUUAAAAUAUCGAUCUGUACACAAUGGACAAACACCAAACUUUACCACUAGACAUGAAUUUUUGAAUUUUGUGCAAAUGAGCAACUACAACCAAGUAGUUGGUUCUCAUCUACCUCAAAGGAUGAAAAUGUGGAACUACACGCAAAUCUUACAUCCCCAUCCACUAUUACAUUGGCACGUCGAAGAUUUUGCAAGAAAAAAGCCAGCAGUGAAGUCUAGCCAUGUACAUUCGCGUACUACAUCAAUGAGCGUUGUUGAUAUUCUAUACCAAAAUUAUAAAGCGCGGGCAUUUGAAGUGGCCCAAAGGAGCUACUCAAAAAACAAAAGUGGGCUAGAGUAUAUGAAGGUUCCGCCUCCCUUUCAGAAAUUAUACCCUCAAGACGCCAUACUUUUAUCAAAAAGAGAAGUUCAUCAACUAAACACCAAAUUGUUAGUUGAGAUCUUGUUCCGAAGGACAGUGGCUGCAAAAAUGGAAUACAGAUUGAAACAAAAUGGGAUUGAGUUCAAUGCUGCCGCUCUGAGCUCGUCGCUGUCAUCCUCAUCGUCCUCCUCAUCGUCCUCCUCAUCUCCAUCCAGAUCAACUCCAAACUCGUCAUCUCAACGUGGUACCAAGGGUAAGAAGCACAAACCGCGUCGUUCAAACUCCCCAGAAGACUCGGGAGCAUCCCAUAAUUCCAAUUUAAUCUUGCAAAAUAGACCUAUUGCGAAGGAUGUUAACACCCACUCUAAUGAUCAAUCACCAAAAGAUAUAAGCGAAGUAUACCAUAAAUUGCAUUCUAAUUCAAACACAUCGAGCAACCAUCUGUUCCUAGUCAAUCCAUUCACGUUAGAUCCCAAAACAAACAGCAUUGCCAAAUAUGCCAACACGGCUUACACUCAGCAUCAUCAGCCUGUCGGAGAUGGGCCAAGCACCAUGUACGAAUUAACACCACACCGGAAUAGAUCGCUGUCAACUUUGAGUUCCAACGAGCCCACUUAUGACUCAUCUGCUUCAAGUGGUUAUAAAGACAGUUCUCCCCGUGUUAAUGGUACAGAUUCGUAUAGGGGCUCGACCUCGACUGAGUCAAGGGACAAAGCGAGGAAGUCGGAAAGUACGACAAACACAUCAAUCUUGCAUUAUUUGGAUAACUUAUCACUGGACAUUAAUUCCCUAUUGGAAGAGGUUGAUCCAGAUUAUGAUGGCAGUAGACCAGAGGUGAGAGGAAAAGAACUGUUACCAAGUGCUCCAUCGACAUCGAAGCUAGGAUCUCGACGUACAGUACCGAAAAAUAUCGUUGAACCUGACAGUAUUAUUGAAAAAUUAAAUGAGUUCGAUUUGCAGAUUACAUCACUGAAAAUCGACAUGUCUGGCUCAUAUGCUCAACGUCAUCAAAGAUCUGAAAAUGUUCAGAACACGCAACAGACGUCAAGCACAGGCAUACCGCGGAAUGUGGAAGCAGUAAGUGAUGAAUUACAAACUAUAUUCAGUCCCGAGAAUCCUGAUUCCGUUACCCAAAGACAAGAAACAGUAGAGGAAAUUAUUGUUGAUGCGUUAGGGGGAGAUUAUGUUGAUGGUUUGAAUACACAUCCUUCUACUAUUAUACCUCAAGAUGUAGUGUUGAAUGCAGAUAUAGCCAAUACCGGAAGACUAGCCGAAGACAAGAGUUUGUUGGCUGAUAAAGAAACAGAGGAUGAGGAGCAGGUGGAUGAAGAGAUAUAUACAGAACAAGGACAAUUCUCGUUUUGGUCGCACUUUGUUGGUAUUAUUAGAAAAAGUGCCAUAAAUUUGGUGUUGCCAUUCAUUAAUGGUAUGAUGUUGGGCUUCGGAGAGAUCUUGGCCCACGAAAUCGGGUUCCACUAUCACUGGCACGGGGCAAAAGUUGAGCCACCUAGACGGCUAGCGCAAAGAAGAUUGCAAGAAGCAGGAUCAAAGUAUUUGUAA